AUGAUUCUCAUCAUUGAGGCUUAUCACUUAUCACCGGUUGGUGGACACCAUAGUAGCUCAAGGACGACGGCUAAGGUUCUUCAAAGUGACUUUUAUUGGCCAACAAUCUAUCAAGAUGCCUAUGACUUUGUGAAAGCUUAUGAUCAAUGUCAAAGGCAUGAGGGCAUCUUAAGAAGGCAUGAGCUACCAAUGAUACCGAUUUUUGAAGUUGAAUUGUUCGAUGUUUGGGGAAUUGAUUUUAUGGGUCCAUUUGUGAGUUCCUACAAUAACAAGUACAUUCUUGUGGCGGUGGACUAUGUGUCCAAAUGGGUGGAAACCGUCGCGCUUCCUAAUAAUGAAGGAAGAAGUUUCACUGCAUUCUUGAAGAAGUAUGUUUUCUCAAGGUUUGGGACUCCAAGGGCAAUCAUUAGUGAUGGGGGAUUUCAUUUUUGUAAUCGGUUAUUCAAGAAUCUUCUUGAGAAAUAUGGAGUCAAGCACAAAGUUGCCACCCCUUAUCAUCCCCAAACGAGUGGGUAA